AUGUCCCUACUUCAUCCAAAAAAGCAGAAGGAAGAGAAUGAAAAGGUGGAAAACGAGGAGGUGAAAGGGAGAAGCAAUUGUCGCAAAAGAGGAGGAAGAGAUGGAAGGGGAGAGGAAAGCUUGCAGCAAGAAGAGAAAAAGAAAAGUAUCCAGCAGUGGUGGCAAGCAGUAGCGUCCCCUUGCGCGGAGAAAAAGAGGAGGAGAAAAAUGGGAGAGGAUGUAAACGAGAGGAGCAAGUUGUCGCAAAUGAGUACGAAGGUUUCUCGCACGGGCCGUCGUUCGUGCUGUUCCGCGUGGGCGCGCGCGCGUCGGCGGGCGUGCGCCAGCUGGCGGAGACCGGGCGCGCGGACGCGCUGCACGCCGGGGAGCGUGGCGCAGGGCGCGGCGGGCGUGCUGGACGAGUUCGCGGCGCCCGCGCAGCCCUCGGGCGCCGGCCGCGCCGACGCCCUCUUCUUCGCCGACGCCAACCACUCGCGCGUCUCGCUGAUGGCGCGCAUGGCGCCCUCGCCCGACUGGUUCGUCGGGCUCGACUCGUUCGAGCUGUGCGUCGGCGGCGCGUGGCUCGACAGCAUCACGCUCGAGGCGGACCCACUCGACGCCGGCACCGACAACGGCUUCACCUUCACGGCCCCCAACUGGCCCACCGAGCCGCAGGGCACGGUGUACAGGGUGACCAGCCGCUUCCCGCCGCACCCGGCCGGCUCCUUCUACUACCCGUCGCUCAGGCGGCUGCCCGCCAUCGCUGCGUUCACCUUUAGAAAGAUCCGCGAGUUCGAGCUGACGAGCGAGGCGGGGGCGGAGGCGGGGACGGGCGCGGAGGCGCCGCCGCUGCGCCCGCCGCACCGCCACCCCCGCCGCCCCGCGCGGCGACGCGACCUGCAGCGGAGCUGGCGGAUGGAGGCGCGCGCAGAGGCGGCGAAGGCCGCGGCCCGCCACCUCCACCACGACACCACGACCCGACCACCGGCGGCUGCCCGGCCCGCCCGCUGCGCAGCCGCCUCACUCCUCCCGCCGCCGCCGCCGCCGGCCCCAGCA